CUAAACUUGAAUGCAAGGCUAGCUCCCUCUGUUAUAGAGGAUCUUUGUGAACCCGACACCAGUUACCAUAGCAACCAGCACCUAUGUCAGCAAGAAGCAACGACAGCUGCAAAGCAGCCCCCGUUUCCAUGACGAUAAGAAUGCAGCAGCUUGCUCAGCCCAAACUCAAUCAGCUCAGGUAUCCUGACAGACUGUCUCUCUGGGAAGUGAGUGAGCGUGCUCUCACGGCUGUUGCAUCCAAACGGCUGUGUCACCUGGCUAACCCUAAAUCCCCCGUUUCUGCCUGGCAGCCAGACAGGCCUCUCCCAGUUCCAGUGAGCAGAGGGACGCAGUCUGCUGUUGCCUCUGUACGGAUCUGCCAGCUCGCCCAGCCAAAGAAAAGAUCGAUUUUGGAAGGAUCCAGCUAUAAAAGUAAACCUGGACCUUUGACCCGCUCCACCUCUAAGGCUGUUGCACACAUAGAGCUGCUCGCCACUCCAAAGAGAGACCACCCCAACUUUGAAAGUGACCGCUCUGUGUUCUGGCCCGUUUCCAGAGGAGCCCGAAACUACAGAGCCAGCCAGAGAAUGAUCGAAUUGUCCCAGCCUAAAGAGAGAAAAGCUCUAUUUGAAGGUUACAAUCCGUACGCCGUGAGCCGAGGGGCCCUUUCCGCCAGUCCCUCUCAUCGAAUCCAAGAGCUGAGCUUGCCUCUGCUUCGCAAAUGCAUCUCCAAGUAGCAGAACAGAUGCUGGGCGUCUGGUCCCUCGGCAGGAGUUCAGCGUUUGUCGGCUCAUCAAGAGUGUUAUUGGGAUGAAGUUAAUUUCCUUGCAACGUUGCGACACAGUCGUCUUAUUUGCUCUGCUGCAUGAAUGUACAAAUGGGCAAUCCACUAUUUAUCACCUCCUAUAAUUAUCAUGUUGGAUUCACUCUGCACAAGAAGACAUAUGUCACCUUUCUACAUCUUAAUAUGUAUCAAUACGUACAACAAUUGUGCAGAAAAAUUCCCUUUUUUACCCAUCAACAUAGUCGUUUUUGAACAUAUAAAAUCCUAAUCGGGUGAGCUACUGAGGACAUUGUUAUUGGAAACGAAGGAGAUGAAGGAAACAGUUGGGAAACGUUCAGCUGCAGUAUUUUGGAGUCCCUCUGCUGCAGUAUCACAGCACUAAUAGUGUGUCUUGAUUGCUUCUUGAUUAUAUUUUGCAACAGCGAGAUAUAUAAAAAUAUUGGAUUAAAAUAAGAUCUUUUUUUACUUUAAUACAUGCAUUAAAGUUAAAAAAUAGUUUAAAAAAUCUUUAUUUUUAAUGGAAUAAAAAUAAUAUUUUGGAUAUGAAGGAAUUCCAUUUGGGCCAUUAUAGUGUUUAAGAUUAUAUAUCAGUUUGCGCAUAUAAAUAUUAAAAAUCCCCCUGUAACUUACAUUUUGACCAGUUUUUCAGUAAAAUGUUAAAAUGUAAACAUGGAAAGUAUUGCAUUGUGGGUUAAUCUGAUUCAAAUUUUUGCAGCCAGAUAGAAGACUGCUUCAAUAAAGGCCCAGAGAUGGACACAAACUGCAAAAAUAUGCCCGCUAGAAUAAGUUAAAAUUCUUAAACUUUGAAAAAUUCUGUCUGAAUAAGUAAAAAAUCUGCUAUUGGGGAAAUAAAUUGUUUUUUUAGAGAAAAAUUGUUGUCAUAAAGACAUCCAAAAAACGAUUUUGUUAUUCAAAAGACAAUUAUUCUUUAAACAAGGAUCUUUUUACAUGAUUUUCAGAUAUCUGUCCCCUUAAAAGUUAUUCUGCGUUCAAUAAUUUUUAUUUGACGUGAUUUUUUGUCUUUGUUUGAACAACCACCAUGAUUAGGACUGUUGAUUUUUAAAGUUCAGUCAGCCCUAUUGGAUGUUAUAGAAAUGAUCAAUGCAUAGAAAAUCUAGUAACCAGAAGAAGAUGGAUGGAUAUUUAGAGAAGAAGCUGGCAGCUGGUAUUCUAUCUGGAAUGGAGUGGCAGCGCAGUCACUGAAUCUAAACCGCAUUUAGCUGUAGUGGGAGCAGCUUAACCGUAUGAUGGCAAGAAGUGACCAUCCAACGUGUGGGAGGGGCUUCUUGAAGAGUGGGGUAAAAUUAUCUUAACAAACUAACAAAGUUCUAAUAUGCUGUAACAGCUGGAAAUAGAGGAUUCUUAGACAAAUUUGAAAGAAAAAUUAUUUUAACCUCAAUGUCUCAACUAUCUUUUUUUUCUAUGCAUUGCACGACUCAUUUGGUAAAUAAAAGUGUGAGUUUUAAUGGAAAACACAACAUUUUCUGGGUGACCCUAAACUUUUAAAGUGAAAUGUUUUCCAAGGCAAGAAUCAAAUCAUCGUGCACCAUUAUAAAAUCCUUUCAAAGUGAAAUAAAUCGGUUAUAUAAAUAUUAGAAAAUACCAUUUGGAUUGAUUUUUAUGUUACUAUAACAAAAACAACCAAUUAUGGCAGACGACACAAAUGUGAUUGAUGCAAAAAAUGAUCAAUGCAGUUAAAUGUGUGGAAACAAUUUGUAUUUUGCAAAGAAAUGUCACCAUACUGUGCGAUAAUGAUCUAAUUUUGAUCCAUUUGUAUUAUUUUGAUGUGGAAAAACAACACUGUAAUAUGAAACUAAAAUUUAAAUGGAUUUACCAUUAAUUCUUGUACAUUACACUUGACUGAAUCUGAAAAACCUCACCUGCACUGUUCAAUACUAUUUAUGAGUCACACUGGUUGAAUAUUAAGCUAAAGAUGUCCAAUUUUAGGUCAGUGAAUUGUUGAACCGAUAUCUCCUAUUAAUCAUAUUGGCAAUUACUUGGUCUAUUUGUACUGACAUGUAUGAAUGCAUGUUUGCAUCCACAGGAUGUCCAGAUGUAAAUGAGUUGUUGAGGCUUUUAAAAAAUAUUGUGCCUCAGGGUUUACAAUUUAUGAAUGUGGCCCCAUAUGAAAAGAAAUGUUGCAGAUAAAUUCGUUUUGUAGCUAAA